GGAGUGCGUGGCAGGAGAGGCGGGGCCAAUUCAGCCGAGCCUUCUCGCGCGCUCGCGGCUGGGGCGCGUGCAGGUGGCGGUUGUCCCCGCGAGUGGGCUUGCGUGGGAGUGUGCGCUGUCGCUGAGACCGUCUGGCUUCUUGCUACAAAGACUCUAGUGGCGUUGGUGGCUUCAGCGGUAGCCCCUUCUGCAGGUCGAGACAGUCGCUUUCUGCAGGGGUUCUAGGCAUCCUUCCCUUAGGAUUGCUGUAGGCUCAGCGCCCCUAGCCAGCGACAUGCCACGGGGACGAAAGAGCAGGCGCCGCCGUAACGCGAGGGCCGCCGAAGAGAACCGCAACAAUCGUAAGAUACAGGCCUCAGAAGCCUCAGAGACCCCGAUGGCCGCCUCUGUGGUCCCGAGCACCCCCGAGGACGACCUUAGCGGCCCGGAAGAAGACCCCAGCACUCCAGCGGAGGCCUCCACCACCCCUCAGGAAGCCUCCAGUACUGCUCAAGCGCAAAAGCCCGCGGUAGCCCGGAGCAAUUUUCAAGGCACCAAGAAAAGUCUCCUGAUGUCCAUAUUAGCCCUCAUCUUCAUCAUGGGCAACAGCGCCAAGGAGGCUCUGGUCUGGAAAGUGCUGGGGAAGUUGGGGAUGCAGCCCGGCCGGCAGCACAGCAUCUUUGGCGAUCCGAAAAAGGUCGUUACGGAAGAGUUUGUGCGCCGAGGGUACCUGAUUUAUAAGCCGGUGCCGCGGAGCUGCCCUGUAGAGUACCAGUUCUUCUGGGGACCUCGAGCACACGUGGAGUCAAGCAAGCUGAAAGUCAUGCAUUUCGUGGCAAGGGUGCGUAACCGAUGCUCCAAGGACUGGCCAUGUAAUUACGACUGGGAUUCGGAUGAUGAUGCCGAAGUUGAGGCUAUCCUCAAUUCAGGUGUUGCAGAUUACUUCGCCCCUUAGAGAAAUCGGGCACACAGCCUUGGGUGUGUGGGGGGGGCGGGGGGGGGCGGGGUGUAAAGAGCUUCACAGGUACCGCAAGGAGUAUAUCACCUGGGUUCUCAGUUGGAUAUUAUGGGGAAGCGGGCGCGCUGUGUUUGUAUAUGUGAUCAGUGCUAAUAGUUGGAAGUGCGAAAAAGACCAUUUGCUUUGGAUAUUGUAAAAUUUUAUUCGCUUUAAUACAAUGUUGUUAAAGGCCACACAAUACGUUUAAAAUACCAUUGAAGAAAGGUAUUUUUCUUUUUUUUGUCUUUGAGAUUUAGUGUAACAGUUUUCCUAACGUUAUACAAUGAAGUCUUUUCAUCAUAUUCUGUGAUAUGGUACCUAUUUUAUAGCAUUGAGUAGUCUGUUCUUUGAAAUAACCAGUAAAAUGUGAAAGAAGGAUGGGAGGGUGGGGGGGGGUGGGAUUUGUUUAUGUCUGACCUUUCUGAAAACCUUUGUGUCUGCUGUUGUGUAAAGAAGACUUAAAACUACCGUGAUGUUGCUUAGUUAUUGCAGAAUAUUGGGAAAAAAUAAAAGCAUAAUGUCCAGGACACC